GCGUGAAAACGUGUGAUAUUUCAGACCUGAAGGGUGCAGAGGCUGCUGAUUCAUCCAGUGGUGAGAGUUUCGUCAGUCUGGCUGCUGUGAGACGGCAGAAUGCAGUUCGCUCUUCCUGUUAGCAAGAACAGGAUUAUAUCCACAUUUCCCAAGUGUUAUAAUCCACAAGCAUGUCUGCAGAUGAAGGAUGACUGGAGCGUGAAAGCUAAACUGGCUUUUAAAGACCGAGCCACCAGGCAGCAGGGUCUAGACAGAUUGAAGAUGUCGAAAGCUGUUGUUGUCGGAGAUCUGAACGUAGGAAAGACCUGCUUAAUUAACAGGUUCUGCAAAGAUGCUUUUGAUCGCGAUUACAAGGCCACCAUCGGGGUCGACUUUGAAAUCGAGAGGUUUGAAAUCUCUGGGCUUCCAUUCUCCCUUCAGAUCUGGGACACUGCAGGCCAGGAGAAGUUUAAAUGCAUCGCUGCAGCGUAUUACCGAGGAGCUCAGGUGAUCGUCACAAUGUUUGACAUGACAGACAUUAAAACACUGGAAAACACAAAGCAGUGGCUGAUGGAGGCUCUGAACGAAAACGAACCAAACUCCUGCUUUAUUUUCUUGGUCGGAACUAAAAGAGAUCUGCUGUCUCCAGAGGAAUGCCAGAGGACAGAGAGAGACGCAGUCAAGAUGGCGGCGGAGAUGAACGCAGAGUUCUGGUCCGUCUCGUCCAAAACAGGAGAAAAUGUGCAGCAGUUCUUCUUCCAUGUGGCGGCUCUGGCGUUUGAAGACUCUGUCCUGAAGGACACGGAGCUCGGCUACAGCGCGGCGCGGAUCGGAGACAGAGACGUCCUCAAAAUGGAUGAAACCCAAGCGGCCGCUGAAGUGAAGGCAGUGAGGAAGAGCUGCUGCUGAUCCACCAGAGACGUUCUGCAG